AUGAGUGAUACGGAAUCCCCAUCCAAAGGCGAAGUUGAGGCGCUCGACCCCGAAUACGUAUCCCGCACGCUCUCCAGCCCUCCCUUCGUAUCCGUUGAUGGCGUCUUCAAUGUUCGCGACAUUGGCUCAUUGCCUAUAACCGAGGAUGCGGCCCUUAUGACGCGCCCGCGCUUUGCGUAUCGUGCUGCUGAGAUAUCGGCUAUACAGGAUAGUGGGAAGGAGAGGUUACGGGAGCUCGGCAUCACGACUGUCUACGACUUGCGUUCAGAAGCUGAAAUGAGCAAAUACAGCACGCCUAUACCGUCAAUCGACGGCGUGCAGGUGUUGCGCACACCUGUCUUCGCGCAGAAAGACUAUAGUCCGGCGAACAUGGCGAGGCGGUUUCAGAUGUAUGCCAGUGGCAAGACGGAGGCCUUCCUAGUCCUGUAUAGUGAGAUUCUUGAUGCCGGUGGAGAGGCGUAUGGCACCAUCCUGCGACAUGUACGCGAUAAGCCCGACGAGGGCUUCCUCUUUCACUGCACAGCUGGGAAGGAUAGAACCGGCGUUAUAGCGGCGAUCUUGCUCUCGCUUGCAGGUGUAGACAACGAAACCAUCGCGCACGACUACUCCCUAACACGCGUUGGACGCGAACCCUUUCGCGAAGCCAUCCUCAAGCGGCUCGCUGCAGAACCGAUCUUCGAGUCCAACAAAGACGCCGCCCUCAACAUGCUAUCGUCGCGCCACGAAACUAUGCUAGCCUUCAUGCAAAUGCUAGACGAGCGAUACGGUGGCGCAGAAGGGUACGCGAAGCAGUACUGUGGCCUAACAGACGAAGACCUGCAAACGAUCCGGAAGAACUUCAUCGUUGCGAAAUCCAAAGUCUGA